AUGAGUCAAACAUCUCUGAAACAGAAAAAGAAGAAUGAGGCCGGGAUGAGGUACUCAAAAGAAAGCCUAGAAGCAGAGAAAAGAAGGGACUCUGAGAAGUCUGGAGUUCGUCUGAACUCUCAGAUGAGGCGUGCAUUCAAUCCGAAUCACUCGCUGAGAUGGUGCCCCAUGCGUGGUCACUCGUCGUGUAGACGCUGCCUUUAUGCAGCUGAGGGAACAGUCCUUCCUAGCCCCUGCCGCACAAUCCGUAUUUAUAUUCACAUGUGCCUGUUGUGGCAGCAGGGCCAGCAGAUCACCAUGAUCAGGGGAUCCCAAGAAUUGCCAGUGACAAACACAGACUCUCGAGGGAAUCUCGUGCGAGGUCAAUGGUCUCGAACAUCACGGAGCCCCUCCACCAGGGCUCCAUCAGCAGAUGAGCCCAGAAGCAGGAACACCAGUAUUAAGGUAGAGCUCCCCAACAGCUCCACCACCUCCCGCACCUCGUCCACCUCCCCCAGCCAACAUGAGGCGUCGCCGCCGCGGCCGCAGCCAUCCGCACACCCGUCGCAGUCCCGGCCUAACACGCCGCCGCGUUCCUCCAACACGCGCGACUUGCGGCAGCCCACGCCCCCGGAGACCCAGCCCAGCAGCAGGCGCAACACCAAGACCUACGACAAUCUGGAGCCCUGGAAUCAAGGCCAGGGCCGCGAAGUCCGCGAGUCCCGGGACUCGCCGUCGCGGGACUACGGGCGCACCUGCGACGACACGCGCUCGCACUCCCAGUCGCGGGAGUGGAAGUCGUACGCCCAGCGCCGCGUGCUCUACCCAGCCUCCAUGCAGCUGGACAGCGACUGUCUGUCCGAAAUGCAGCAGGCGCGGCAGCAGGAGGAAGACGACGACGAGGAAGCCUACUGGUCAUCCGUGAGGACGCUGUAUGAAAAGAUCCCCAGCUGCUCGCGCCCCAGGCCGCCCAAACCCAAGAACGCCAUCACCAUCGCCGUCUCAUCCCGGGCUCUUUUCAACAUGGUGGACGACCUCAAAAUCUACGAGCAAGAGGGCCUGGAAAAGUACAUGGAGUACCAGCUCACCAACGAGAACGUCAUCCUGACCCCGGGGCCCGCCUUCCGCUUCGUCAAGGCGCUGCAGCAUGUCAAUUCUCGGCUCCGGGAUCUGUAUCCUGAUGAACAGGACUUAUUUGAUAUUGUACUGAUGACUAAUAACCAUGCCCAAGUGGGAGUGCGGCUUAUAAACAGCGUCAAUCACUAUGGCUUACUGAUUGAUCGCUUCUGUCUGACUGGUGGAAAAAGCCCCAUUGGUUAUCUGAAGGCAUACCUUACCAACCUGUAUCUUUCUUCAGAUUCUGAAAAAGUACAAGAAGCAAUACAAGAAGGUAUUGCUUCUGCGACAAUGUAUGACGGAGCCAAAGACAUGGCUUACUGUGACACACAGCUCAGGGUGGCCUUUGACGGGGAUGCUGUCCUCUUCUCUGAUGAGUCUGAACAUACUGGGAAGGAGCACGGGCUAGACAAAUUCUUUCAACAUGAAACUAUGUUUGAGAAUAAGCCUCUUGCUCAGGGCCCCCUGAAAGGCUUUCUGGAAGACUUAGGCAGACUGCAAAAGAAGUUUUAUGCCAAAGAUGAACGGUUACUUUGUCCCAUCAGGACCUACCUAGUUACAGCCAGGAGUGCAGCCAGUUCAGGCGCCCGUGUCCUGAAGACACUUCGCCGCUGGGGUCUGGAGAUAGAUGAAGCGCUUUUCCUUGCCGGAGCCCCCAAAGGUCCCAUCUUGUUGAAGAUUCGUCCCCACAUCUUUUUUGAUGACCAAAUGUUCCACAUUGAAGGGGCACAGAAAUGCGGCACCAUCGCGGCUCAUGUACCUUAUGGCAUCCAUCAAAAAUGCAACAAUUAG